AUGAUGCACAAAGAUGCUUAUCAGGUCAUUCUGGAUGGCGUUAAAGGAGGUCCAAAGGAGAAGCGACUGGCUGCGCAGUUCAUUCCAAAAUUUUUCAGCAGUUUUCCAGAGCUGGCCGAUGCAGCCAUCAACGCACAGCUUGAUCUGUGUGAGGAUGAGGAUGUAUCUAUCAGAAGGCAGGCUAUCAAAGAACUGCCCCGUUUCGCAGCAGGAGAGAAUUUACCCAGAGUCGCAGACAUCCUCACACAGCUGCUGCAGACAGAUGAUUCUGCUGAAUUCAAUCAAGUCAGCACAGCUUUGAUCUCUAUAUUCAAAAUUGAUGCAAAAGGAACUUUGGGAGGCUUGUUCAGUCAGAUCCUGCAGGGAGAAGAUAUUGUUCGGGAAAGAGCGAUUAAGUUUCUCUCUACUAAGUUGAAAACAAUGCCGGAUGACACAAUGACAAAAGAGGUGGAGGAUUACAUCUUCAUAGAGACAAAAAAGGUCCUAGAGGAUGUGACAGGAGAGGAGUUUGUGCUUCUGGUGCGUAUCCUGUCUGGGCUGAAGAUCAUGCAGACUGUGAGCGGGCGGCAGCAGCUGGUGGAGCUGGUGGUGGAGCAGGCAUUUCUGGAGCAGGUGCUAAACCCCACAGAUGCAGACAGCGUCGACCGGCUCCUGCAGUGCACACGCCAGGCCUUACCACUCUUUUCUAAAAAUGUGCAUUCCACUCGCUUUGUGACAUACUUCUGUGAAUUUGUUCUGCCCAGCCUCAGUCUGCUCACCAGCCCUGUAGCAGAAUUGGACAUCCAGCUGGAGGUACUCAAGUUAUUAGCAGAGAUGAGUCCGUAUUGUGGCGACAUGGACAAACUGGAGGUCAAUCUCAACAUGCUGUUUGAGAAGCUAUUGGAGUUCAUGCCCCUGCCUCCAGAGGAGGAGAACGGAGAGAAUGCUGCCAAUGAAGAGCCCAAGCUGCAGUUCAGCUACGUGGAGUGUCUGCUCUUCAGCUUCCAUCAGCUGGGCAAAAAACUACCUGACUUUCUUAUUGACAAAAUCAGCGCAGAGAAGCUGAAGGACUUCAAGAUCAGGUUACAGUACUUUGCACGGGGGCUCCAAGUAUAUAUUCGACAACUGCGUGUUGCUUUGCAAGGCAAGACUGGAGAUGCACUAAAGACAGAGGAGAAUAAAAUCAAAGUUGUGGCUUUGAAGAUCACCAACAACAUAAAUGUUUUAAUCAAGGAUCUGUUUCAUAACCCUCCAUCCUAUAAAAGCACAGUCACUCUGUCCUGGAAACCGGUGCAGAAGACGGAGGCAGCAUCAAUCGGCCAGAAGAGGCAGUCAGGAGAAGACAUUGGGGCAACAGCCACAACAAAGAAGCUUCCCACAAAUCUGCCCAGGAGGAACGCCCGACAAAUAUACAAUCCGCCCAGUGGAAAAUACAGCGCCAGCAUUGGGAACUUCCCUUACGAACAACAAGGAGGCUUCAGGGGCGGCCGAGGACGGGGCUUCGGAGGAAGAGGCAACAGAAGCCGAGGCCGGAUUUAUUAA